AUGAUGAUCUCAUUGCCGGUCGAGAUCCUUCAUCGCAUUUUCGAACACUGUGAGACCCCGAUCCCAUUCCAGGACUGGGAGCAGGGCUACAGCAAAUGGGAGCCUCAGCACCCCCGACCUCGCGACCUCAUUGCACUCUCAAAAGUAUGCCAUCGCUUUCGCAGUGUCGCGCACCCGCUGAUUUACCGCACUCUGGCGUUCCGGUCCGAAUGGCGCGCGAAAGAUGAGUUUCUGGACACAUUCACGCAUGCCCUAUGCGCUGAUCCGUUGGUCGGUAACAAUAUUCGGGGGCUCCGUGUUGAUAGUUGGGUCUCAAACUUUGACGUGGACUACUUUGCCAAGAAGCUUGGGGCCUCGCCAAAGCAUCUUGAUGAGAGGCAAAAGAGAUGGCUGAAAAGAUGGGUGGAGGCAGAGAGUGGGAAUGUGGCCCUUGUCCUGCUCCUUCUCGCGCCUCGGCUGCGGAUUCUGGACUACACGGACAUCCUGUCGUCAAUCAGGGGCAUCGCAGCGUAUCUCAGUGGCAGGCAAGACGUGGAAGACGAUCAUUUAGCGAUGGCUCUCAACGGCAAAGGCGACAUAGAUGAUGACAAUGUUGCUGAUGAUACUGGACCCGAGACCGCUUCUGAAGAUGGAGACGGGAACAACGAGUCCGGCGACGUCCCAGUCGGCCAACUGCUUGGUCCCGUGUCUGGCAACCCUAUGACACUCCUAAGGGAGGUGCGCCUCCGGCAUGGCCGUUACCUCCUCAAAAGAGUUCGCUUCAUCGAGGGUGUUCUUCUUAACCCCGGGCUCGAGAUUCUUCGGCUGUUCGCCUUUCGCUGGACCAAAGAGGAAGUCAGGGCUAUGAAGUGGAAUAAUGCUGUGAGCAAUAUUACAACUCUGCAACUCAAGAACUGCCUCAUUGACGCGAGGGGCCUGGCCAAUGCUUUGCGCCGCUGCCGCCUGCGCCAUCUUCAUAUAGUCCUUGCCCCUGUUAUCAGAAUGCUUGCAGAUGCAGAUGGUGACGGAGUUAAUUUUGAUGAGAUGGGCGUUGUAUUCAGAAGGUAUGGGCAGAGCUUGGAGUCACUGGACUUCGAAACCAUAGCAUUUCGAGAAUAUUACGUCGUGGAUGGGCACAUAGGACCUCUGAGCGCACUGAGCCGCCUGAGAAGCCUCAAGAUCAGUGUUGAAGAGCUCGGGGAGUUCAAUGAAGAGGAUGAGGAUGAGCUGAAAAUGGGAUUGAGGACUUCCUUGCCACCAACACUUGAAUCUAUUCACAUACGUCCUUCCCAUAGCAAAGCAACAAGAGUUGCUCUUACGCUGCUUAUGGAUGAGGCCCAUAGUGCAUUACGGACGGUGGAGGUUGAAGUUGACGAUGAGAAUCGCAACGAGGAUGACCCCCAGGACCUGGUAGUUCCAGGAUGGUCCAAGUCUUUUAGGACUGACAUGAUUAGCAGGGAUGACACUGAGUUAGUAGACUUCUACUCUUGUCGCAUCGUGGUCUUUUCACGAGAUGCCGAAGCACACUGA